AUGGAGUCUCCAAGCGGUGUUGCUGCUUCAGGUGGAAGCUCCUCCUCGACCGACAUUGGUGCGAGGCCCAAGCGGAGGUCGGAGCCGGCUAGAACCGGUGUGCCCGAAAUGAGGCACCAGGAGAGCUGGGAAUAUCCUCUGAGUCGCGAGGAGAAGAAGCAUCGAGUGAUGUGCCUCUUUGAGCAAGAGCUAGCCGAGGCUCGGCGCUCAGGGGAGGAGCUCGUCCUCGAGGAGCUCUACUCCCAGCUCGAGCGCAUCGAAGAACUGCAGCCGGGUACUGCCCGCCGCUUGAAGGAUGCCGUGCGCGGCAUCACGGGCGACCGGACAGAUGAGGAGGAGGAGGAAGAGGAGGAGGAGGAGUUACCUCCAAAAAGAAAGACCAAGUGGCCCAUCGUUGCUUUCGUAGCCCUGGGGCUGAUGGCCACGGCGGCAGUCGUCGUGCUCGGAUGCUGGGCAUGGAGAGGAGGAGGGGCUGCCCAUACGCCGAUGGAUGACGUCAUCAAUCAUACAGGAGGCAGCGCUCACACCGUGUCGCGAAGCUUGGCAGCUUUGCCGCCGGCCCACGCGAACGUUUCAGGACCCCCGUCUGCGAAUGCCGAGACGGUGCUGCCAGGAGACAGCGUUCACACCGCGUCGCGAAGCUUGCCAGCUUUGCCGCCGGCCCACGCGAACGUUUCAGGAUCCCCGUCCGAGAUUGCCGAGACGGUGCUGCCAGGUGCUGCAGAACCUACGCUGCAGCCGAGCCCGGUGGCUGAAGGUCCGCCAGCUUCCAGCACCGUGACGACCUCCGAGGUCCCUGCGAGCAGCCCCGACCGGGUCUCGCGCUUCUUCCGCUUGGGCCAGGCCAGCCUCAGGCGAUCUGAUUGCUUUCAGGCUCAGUACUACUUUGGCCAAGCGCUGGCUCUCUUCCAGCAGGUGGAGCUCGAACACCCGGCUCAGCAUCAAGGUAUCAGCUUCGAACUCAUCGCCAACUUAGCAUUCGCUCUCGUGUGCGCUCAGAAGUUUGAGGAGGGUGUGGACUUGCUGAAAGGAUGCAUGGCAGGCGAGCUCGACUGCGCCAGCCACCUUCUCAACGCGCUGGGCUUCGCCUUGUUCCAGUUGAAGGACUAUGCCAGCGCUUCUCAAGCCUUCCUCCUGGGAGCGGAGCAGGACGAGUUGAACCCGAUCAUCUGGAACAACCUGGGCGCAGCGCGCAUGGUGUUGAGGGACCUGGAGGGUGCCGACAAAGCGUUGGACCGCGUCGCCGACCUUGACAAGGAUGGGCUGCGCCUCUCAGCGCAGCAUUGGGAAGUCAUCGCCGCGAACGUGCAAGAGCUGCAGCAUCGCGCGUCGACGGGCCAGGUGUCGCAGCUGCCGCGGGUUGCGCUGUGGUUCGGAGACGACGAGCCAGGUCAGGCUGAGCAGGUCCCUGGAGCCCUGGGCGCCGCUGUUUAG